AAAGGCCAACAUUUUUUGUAAUUAACGCUUUAUUUUUUCAUAUUUAACACUCGUUUGUGUCAGUCGACGUUUCGAAGUCGUUUUAAAUGAGAUUGGAUAAAAAUGAAAAGAAAAUCGUCAUUUUAUAGAAACAACGUGGAAAUAAUCUGAUGCAGUGAGGCAGCACAGGAAAUCCAUACAUUUGCUCUACACCCAAUGCUUCAAACUGCGCGUGAGCACGUUAUAACAACCCCGCAGUGUUUAACGGCGUUGACUAUUGCUGUUUUUGUUAUGACAAAAUCACUCAUUUAUUCCAUAUAUGUUAAUUCCUAUAACUAUUUAACGUAUUGUAAACGCCUGCUUGUGGGGCCUUCACCGUGACCUGCGUGUUAGCGAGUUUACAUUUACCACCACUAGAGGGCGCCACAGUGACACCUCCAUUUACACAAGUGAUCGGUGCGCAUAACAUGAAUGCGUACAUGUAUUGUAUAUACGAAUCAUUGACCAUCUUACCUUGCAUGUUCACCCCCCGUUUUGUGCUUUUUGUCGGGGGAGGGGGUUGUCUUUGAAGCUGCAAACACACAAACACAUGCACUUUAAUCAUUACUGCAGUGGAACAUGAUUACCUUUUUAUUCCUACAGUCACUGUAAGUUCAAUACAUUCCUGUAUGUUUGACUUCACAUUUACUGGGCCAUUAAGUUAAAAAAUAAUCAUUUAAAUUGACUAUAGAAUAUCAUUAAAUGAUUUUAAAUGUUGUCAAAAACUGGGAAAAGUCGUACAGGCUAUGAAUGAACUGUUCUUUUAGCAAUGCUAUAAUGCCAAUAUAUCGUUAUUUCUUAUUCAGAUUACAGUGCAUUUAGAAAAAAAACAAAAUUCACCGACCAUUUCUAAGGCUGUGCGUGUCAAAGUUAUGACGUAUAUCCUAAAAAGCAAAAUGCAAGGCCUAAAAAGACUGCACAGCAAUGUAAAGUUGCAGGAAAAUAGAAUGGAACCCUAAUUCUAACACUAUCGUUCCACGAAGUCGUACUGUGAAAUAAAGUCAUUAAAGCAAAAAAAUAAAUACUGUAGAUUUUCCUGGUGGUUCUAUAUAAUUUGUUCCACCAGGAUUCAAACAAUUCGUUCUAGAGAGUCAAAUACAAUAAUAAAAAAAAGACUUUCUCAGUUGUACUGGUUUAAAAAGCAAUUAACUAUGCACGUGUAUGUGCGCAUGUGCGUGAACGCGCCUCAUAUAAUGAUCCCUGCUGCUGCUCCGCGGCUUUGCAGCGCAGAGGCUCCUCGCGGUCCACCACAGCCAUGCUCUUCUCUUCUGUGGAUUUUGGAUGUUUUGUAGCGUGUUCGAGAUGUUCUUGCACGGCGUGGUCUUCAUGAUCUACAUUCUAAACCGUCAGCUGCGGCUUUGUGCGGCUGAUUUGUGCAACUGGAGGGGAAGCGGUUUUCCAGCUGGCGUGGACACCAGGGUGGUCCUACAGGUGAAACUUCGCUGCACAGAAGGCUCUGUGAGGUGGGUCUACCCGGGCCAAGCUCUCAGGGUGGUGUUAGAGCCCAAUCUCUCCUCCGUUAAGCGAACUACAGUCUGCAUAAAACCAUCCCCGACCUUCAGCGGAGCCAACCUGUUCAUAGAACGGGAUGGGACACUUGAGCAACUGGUCACGGACGGCAAGAGGGUGGAACAUGUGAGCUGUUUUAGGGCAGAGGGACCACAGAUGCCCGCUAUCUACAUCCAGACGAGUCCUCUGGGAGAUGAACCGUGGAGUCGGCGGUGGAUAGGUUUUAGAUACGAGCUGAUGGCCAAUAAGAGUGCGGCAACCAGUCUGGGCCACACUGCCUCAUGUCGGCCAUGCAACGACACAGAGCUGCUGAUGGCUGUCUGCAACAGUGAUUUUGUGGCCCGCGGCUACAUCAAAGCCGUGCUGCACGAUCCUGAUCGUCACUUGUCAUUGGUGGAAGUGUUGGCGGUGAGGGUCCACUGGCAGCGUAGCGGUGUGUUCCAGCAGCAGGCACAUUCAGAUGCUUCUGGGUCACCCCGGCUUGUCCCUUCAUGGCGUGGUCUCAUCCGUGCACACGUGCAGUGUGGCGUGAAGGCCGGAGCCGGAGAGUUCCUUUUCACUGGGUCAGAACAUUUUGGGGAAGCUUGGCUGGGGUGCGCCCCACGUUAUAAAGACUUCCUGUCUGUGUACCAGACUGCGAAGGCGUCACGGCGGAAUCCCUGUGACUUCCCUUUGGACUAGAGGACUCUUCCGGUGCUGGUUCUGUGGCCGAGCAACAUGGCUGAAUGCUUUGCUGGCUAUCCAGGCUGAGAGUUGGCCUUUGUCUCCUCCACCGUUGGGCUCUUCUAUGGGAGAGGAGCAAGCUCUUUGUGCCUCCACUGUUGUUCACUUGGCCGGCUCCUGGGCGACAAUUGACCUCUGAACUGAGGUGGGCGGGAAGACUUUUGCCUGUGUGGCCAUUUAUAAGUGCCAGUUCAGCCGCUACAUAAAUGGAGAGAUUGCUGCCUCCGCCAAGUUUGUGAACACAAUUACAAAACGACACAUUACACGACACACAUUAUGGCGCUAAUCUGGAUAUAGGUGUGGAUGCAAUCAUUUUUGGGUUCACACUGUGCACAUUUUUCUAAUUUGUUCAAAGAAUAAAAAAUGUGACUCUUCAUAUGAUUUAGACAUAUAUACAGAUGGUGGCUAAUAGGUUUCUUAUCCUCUUGUCUUUGUAUAUUUGUUUGUGUUGCAGAUCCCCCCCUAUUGUAUGUAUUUUUCUAAGUGAGGCAUAAUAUUGUCACUGUGUAAUAAACACCAUCUAUUUUCAUUCAAAGUAUGAAGGAAAGUCAUUUUUGGAAAAGAAAAAAAAUGGUGAUUUGUAGUUAAUAU